AUGAUGGGCUGGACGACAAGGUGGAGAUCCUGGACACACAGAGGGGCUACCAAACCGGUGCUGCAGCAACAACGACUUCGCAGCCCAUACAGGAGGAUGAUACGGUGUACUACUCCAUUCUUCAUCGAUUCUCUGUCCCCUUUUACUUGUAGUACAGCCCGCCCAUCUCAGAAUAUUCUAGGACAUCGACCGAACUGUCAUUUAUAUACCACGCGACGUUCCUGUUCAAAAAGUAAGACGGUAGCUUCAGGUUUGUAUAUAAAGCAUCUAUGUCCAGUUUGA